AUGUCGGCCCCCCGGUGUACCCUCAUAGAUACUCUCCCUGUUCUAGCGGCUGUACCCAGAACAAUCUUAGAUGUGCCCAGUUUCCCCCCUCCUCUUUACAUAGACCUUGAAGGAAAAACCUCAGGCAUGAGGGCACGAUAUCUAUCAUGUAGAUGCACAUCCUUACUCAAAACCGUACCUACUUUCUCGACAUAACAACUCUCGGAUGGGGGGCCUUUCUGCCCGGGGAAAGCAACGAAGCGGGAAAUCUCAAGACGGCCCCCGGGCCACCAUCUAUCACCAAAUGCCUAUGUGAUGUGCAUAAUGAUUCGGGCGCUCUAUUCAACCUACACGAUAUCUCCCAUCAAGGCAUGCAAGGCAUUCAAGUGAUGAAUUACGCUACAGGAGAGGUCCGAAAUGGAGUAUUCAGGAGAGGAAACCUCGUUAUGGGGCUGGCGAAACGCAUUGCCACGGGUUCCAGACUGAGCGGAGAUGCACCGGGGGGUUUCUGGAGGAAGAAGAGGGGGGAAGGGAGGAUUUUCAAUCCGAAACUCGUGGGAAGUUUCGCGGUGUUUGCUGAAAGGCCUUUAAGGGAUGAUGUGAUGGAGUCCUAUGUGGGGGAUGUGGUUCACCUGCUACCUUUACGGCGAAAGUAUAAUGGUAUCCUAGAGGGUGAAGGUCGGCUCGGGGGUAAAGUUCAAAGUGCAACUUUGGGGAGACUACCGUAG